ACAUUUUAAGACGUUAAUUAGGCUCGCGGGAACCCCAAUCGUAUUUUCUCGAGAUAACAAACUCGCCGUUGUCGUUUUCUUCUCUCCCGUCUCCAAACUGUUCGAACGCAGGAAUACAAAUGCAGGCCUAGUUUUCUUUCACAAUUUUCAUCCCUUCCCACCAUUGUCAGAGCUUCAUCUCAAACAGAUUACGCAUGGAUAAAACUGAUGGGUGCUGCUCAACUCAACUCAUUGAUGGGGAUGGUAACUUCAAUGUUGCUGGAAUUGAAAAUUUCAUGAAGGAAGUUAGGCUAGCAGAUUGUGGGCUGUCAUAUGUUGUCGUAUCAAUAAUGGGUCCACAGAGUAGUGGUAAGAGUACAUUGUUAAAUCAUUUAUUUCAUACGAACUUUCAAGAGAUGGAUGCUAUCAUGGGAAGGUCACAAACCACAAAAGGAAUUUGGAUGGCUCGUUGUGUUGGGGUUGAGCCGUGCACACUUGUAAUGGAUUUAGAGGGCACUGAUGGAAGAGAGCGUGGAGAGGAUGAUACAACAUUUGAGAAGCAAAGUUCCUUGUUUGCCCUUGCUGUUUCUGAUAUAGUUCUAAUUAACAUGUGGUGUCAUGAUAUUGGUCGUGAGCAAGCUGCAAACAAGCCUCUGUUGAAAACAGUUUUCCAGGUCAUGAUGCGAUUAUUUAGUCCACGCAAAACAACUUUGAUGUUUGUUAUACGCGACAAAACAAGGACACCUCUUGAGAAUUUGGAGCCUGUUUUGAGGGAAGAUAUUCAGAAGAUAUGGGAUUCUGUCCCAAAGACUCAGACUCACACAGAAACUCCUCUAAGUGAAUUUUUCAAUGUUGAGGUUGUAGCUCUUAAUAGUUUUGAAGAGAAAGAAGAACAAUUCAAAGAGCAGGUGGCUAGUCUAAGACAAAGGUUCUUUCACUCUAUUGAACCUGGUGGGCUUGCUGGAGAUAGGCGGGCAGUUGUUCCAGCAUCAGGUUUCUCAUUUAGUGCACAACACAUGUGGAAAAUAAUCAAGGAAAACAAGGAUCUUGAUCUUCCAGCACACAAGGUUAUGGUGGCUACUGUACGUUGUGAAGAAAUUUCAAACGAAAAAUAUGUCGCGUUUACUUCAAAUGAGGAAUGGUGUAAAGUAGAGAAGGCAGUUCAAUCUCAUGCUGUGCCUGGAUUUGGGAAGCUGGUUAACUCAAUACUGGCUGCUUGUCUGUCCGAGUAUGAUGAUGAGGCCACAUUUUUUGAUGAAGGUGUGAGAGUGGCAAAAAGAAAACAGUUGGAACAGAAAUUGCUACAGCUUAUCCAACCAUCUUACCAAUCCAUGUUGGGGCACAUACGAUCCGAGGUGAUGGAAAGAUUCAAGGAAAUGUUUAGUAGUGCACUGAGCGCGGGGAAAGACUUUGCAGUGGCUACUUCUGAGUGCAGCGAGUCGUGUUUGGUACAAUUUGAUGAUAAAUGCAAAGAUGCUGCCAUUGACCAAGCUAACUGGGACUCGUCUAAAAUAAAAGAUAAGUUCAAGCGUGAUGUUGAUGCCCAUAUUGUUGCAGUCCGUGCUUCCAAGCUGGAUGAACUUACAACCCUUAACGAGAAAAAACUGAAUGAGGCGUUGUCUGGACCAGUUGAGUCUCUGUUGGAUGGAGCUAGUGAUGAUACAUGGCCAGCAAUAAGAAAACUACUAAGACGUGAAACAGAUGCAACAAUCCAUGGCUUUUCUUCUGCACUUUCUGGUUUUAAGAUGGAUGAAGAGACCCAUAGUGAUAUACUUUCAAGGUUGAAAGAUUAUGCUAGAGAAGUGGUGGAAACAAAGGCUAGGGAAGAAGCUGGAAGGGUUUUGAUGCGCAUGAAGGAGAGGUUUUCAACAAUAUUUAGCCAUGACACAGAUUCAAUCCCAAGAGUUUGGACAGGAAAGGAAGACAUCAGAGCCAUUACCAAAACUGCUCGUUUAUCUUCUCUGAAGAUACUCUCAGUCAUGGCUGCAAUCCGGUUGGAUGAUGAAGCUGAUAAUAUUUCAAAAAUCCUGACCCUUGAUUUAUUGGAUGGUAAACCAGGGGUGGCUGCUAACAAAAGUAUCACAUCACUUGACCCUCUGGCCUCAAGCACUUGGGACUAUGUUGAUCCAUCAAAAACAUUGAUCACGCCUGUUCAGUGCAAGACUUUGUGGAGGCAAUUUAAAACUGAGACAGAAUACACUGUCACCCAAGCCAUAUCUGCUCAGGAGACAAGCAAGAGAAACAACAACUGGUUGCCGCCUCCAUGGGCAAUUCUUGCCUUAAUUAUCUUGGGAUUCAAUGAAUUUAUGACGCUUUUAAGAAAUCCUUUGUACUUGGCUUUUAUAUUUGUUGCUUUUCUUCUUUUAAAAGCACUAUGGGUGCAACUAGACAUCGCGGGUGAAUUCCGAAAUGGAGCUCUUCCUGGUAUUAUUUCUAUAUCAACAAAGAUCAUUCCUACGGUCAUGGACAUGGUUAAACGGCUAGUGGAGGAAGGACAAGGGCGGGAAAGAAGUAAUUAUCCCCAACCCAAUUCGACCUUACCUUUCAAGAGCUUCAGGAAUGGAAUUGAUGAUCUCGGUGGAGACACAUCAUCAAGCAGUUCUUCAUCUGAGGUGUGUUCUUCAGAAACCAAUUCUAACUUCUCCAGUCCCAGGGGGGAUAAGAAGUUCCAAUAAGUCAUGUUUUGGCAGCACAGUUUUUGUUUUGACCUCCAAUAAUCCUAGCAUGCCAAUUCAAGUAGAUCUAUUCAUUCAUUCUUUUUUGUCAAGGUGGUUUUUUUACUGCUAUGGGGUUGUAAUAUGCUAGUAGCCCUCCCAGUGUUUGGUUUUCUUGUUGGCCUUUUUAUUUUGAAUUCAGUGAUCUUGCCUUCCAUUUUUUGUCUUUCGAGGGGCAUAAUAAGAUCAUGCCGUUCUUCAGAGGAAAGUUAUGUAUAUUUGUUUUUACUUUUUUCAAUUUUGUAUAACGAACAUGUCAAAAGGGAAGCAUGUAGUAUAUUGAACAUGUCAAAAAUUGGUGUUUUGACUAAUAAAUAAA